UUUCUCUUUAAAGGGCUCUGUUUUUGGUAGAUUAGAAAAGGAAUGUGACGUUCUGUCUCUCUUGUUAAUGUUGGCUUUACUCCAAGGACCUUCUACAUUCUCAAGAUGAAGCCCCUGGUGGCUAUAACAGUGCUGAUAGCAGUGGUGCAAGUUUCUCAGAGUUUCCCCUAUUUACACCACAGAGGCUGGUUGAGAUUGUUAAGGGAAGGAGAUAGUUGUGGAAAAUGCAAUUUGGAACUUUGCUCUAAGCCUACAAACUGUCCAGCUGGUACUGUAUUAGAUCAAUGUGGCUGCUGUCUGGAAUGUGGGAACGUGGAAGGGCAGAUAUGUGACUUGGACUAUGGCAAUCAUUUCUACGGGCAAUGCGGAGAAAAUUUGGAGUGCAGGUUGGAUGCUGACGAGGCAAAGUUUGGGGAAGUCCCUGAACCACAAUGUGUGUGCAUAUUCCAGGAAAGUAUCUGUGGACCUGAAGGGAAGACCUAUGAGAACAUCUGCCAAUUCAGUGAGGUUUACUCUAAGAGAAGAAAUAUCACCAUGAAGCACAAAGGACCAUGUGAAUCAGCUCCUGUUAUUUCUUUGCCUCCUCAAGAUGUCGAGAAUUUCACAGGUAAUGACAUAAUUUUUGGCUGUGAGGUGUCAGCCUAUCCUAUACCACACCUGGAGUGGAAGAAAAAAGGGAAUAAAAUGUUUCUGCCAGGAGAUGAUGCCCACAUUUCAGUCCAGGCAAGAGGUGGCCCUCAGAAGAACGGUGUGACAGGCUGGCUGCAAAUUCAAGGCCUCAAGAAGUCAGAUGAAGGUGUCUACAUCUGCCAUACAAAAAACAAAUAUGGUACUACAUAUGCCUCUGCAAGAUUAAAAGUCAUUGACGGUUCAUCCUCUGCAUUUGAGAUUACUGUUGGCAGCCAAAUCACAAGCUACAACACAGAUUAUGAAGAUUAUUAUGACAAAGCUGAAGAUAAAGAGGAGGAAGAAGAUGAGUCUGGAGACUAUGAAAAUUGAAACAAGACCAUAUAAGAGUUUAGGUACACUGGCUGUCCAAUAUCCUUGCCAUUGAAGUGUAUUUACUAGCAUAAUUUAUGCAAUAAAAAGUCCCAUAAUUCCCACAUACAUACACACCUUUUUGGAAUACACUUUUCUCAAGGUGUAUUGUGUUGCUUACAAGUAAUGAUAUUUUUCAUAUAUAUGUUUACAUCUCUAGACUGUUGAAUAAAAAUCUUAAACUUACCCUUACAGGUACCAGAAAGAUAAUCUUUUACAUUUUAACUUUUAAAAAAGUAAGCUCUAAAUUUAGAACAUUACAAUUUGCUUUUAAAAAAGUUCUGAAAUGACAGGAAAUCAUAACCUAAUUAUCCAUUUUUUUCCAUUUCUGCAGUGAAUAUGUAGGUACCAGGAAAGUGUUCAUGCAGUAGCAGACAAAAGUAGCUAAGAUUGCAGAAUACUUUUUUAUGUAUAUUUUCCACUUCAUGCUUACUCAUAAUGUCUAGAGCAGGGGUGGGCAUUUAUUUUAGCUGGAGGGCCGCUUAAUUAGUUUUGGUGAACUGCUGAGGG